AUGCUCCUGUCGUCCAAGUUCGAGCAAUUAAUCACCCACCGACCCAACUCCUACGUCCCCGCCCGUACCAUCGCGACGCAUCUCGGCCUCUACGGCACGACGUUCGCAUCCAGGCACUGGGUCCUGCUCAACCACGCGCAUCAUUUCGGCAUGGCCAUACUGAUGGCGCCGCUGCGUGCGAUCAUGUCGUACUACGGCAUCAUCGGUCCGGUGACCAGUUACUUCUUCGGGGGGGUGCGGCUCGUGGGGGAUCAGAUCGUGGAGAAUGCGGCGGGGGCGAGCGCGGCGCCGUGGAAGUGGCCGAUUCAGGAGCAGACAGUUGAUUUGGUGCAUAAGACGGUGUAUGCGUUCGUGGUCGGGUAUCUGACUGAUAAGUAUGUGAGGGGGGUGGACUGGUUCAGGCGGUAUUAG